UGAAAUCAAGAGCAAGGAAGUUGAAAGACUUGCAACCAAGGGUAUGAACAAGAAUUUUCUUCAGUCUGGACAAUCAAAUCCUUAUAAGGAGUGGCAUCUGACCUGAAAAAAAAAACUUAAAAUAUUCCAAAGUUGGAGGAGAUGUUUUUUUAUUAACAUCUAUAGAUCUCAGAUAGCUUUACAAAGACCAAAAAAGAAUUAUUAGUGUUGUGAUGUGCAUAAUACUUGGAAAUAUGAAACCAGAGCAAAGAAAAUCCUAAAAAGAGCUUAUUCAUAGUGGAUGCAUUUUAUGGACCCGAAGCAGUGAAUUGCAGAGGAGCAAACUGUAGUACCAAGCAGUUAAAUGACUUUUGCAAGGCCACAGACAAGGAUGACCCAUUGUUAUUGAACCUGAACAGAUGGGAGCAUUCAUUUCCUAAGCACUUUGUGCUCCGUUCUCCUACUUUGGGGUUUCAACAUCCGAUUUGUGAUGCAGAAGAUCGACACACAGUUUCAAGUCCCCACAGGAAUACUUCUGUUAGCCUGUUGUAGCAUCCCAGAGAAGAGCGGAUCCCAGCUCCCGGCUGGACGUCCCUGUUGGCUCCAACCCUUCUCAGGACGUGGCUGGAGAAAGGUGUCAUGCGCUCUUGUUCUCGAGACCCUUGCACAGCCUGGCCUGAGGGCCGGCUGAUCUGAAGACACGGUCUAGUCCUGCCUUGAGCCCAGAGCUACACAGCAUUGUCUCUGGCGAGCUCUCUGCGACGGGAAGGCCUAGUUCUCCUUGAGGCACGGAGGUGCUUUUAAAAUCCCCGCUCCUACCCGCCGAAAUAAGACAUUAAACUGAAAUUCAGAAAAGCUGCUCUGCCGCAGUUCCGCCGCCCCGAGCGCCCAGUAGUUUACUUCAGAUGGCUGAGAAAACCACCCGAGGCCCGGAGGAUGUCCCUGAAUCUUCUCCCGAUGAAAAUGAGUUUCCUUUUGGAUAUCCCACUAGCAUUUGUGAAGAUGUGCCUGAUCAGAAGUACCUGUGCAGCAACUGCAAUAAUAUUCUGAAGAAAGCCCUGCAGACACUGUGUGGGCAUCGCUACUGCUCUGCUUGCCUGGCAUGGAUCGUACGAAACAAUAAAAAUCCAGUCUGCCAGAAAUGUAAAGAGGAGGAUCCCAGCACUUUAAGUGAAGGAAGCCUGUUGGCAGAAGAAAGGGCCUUCAGUGAUGCUGCCAUUAAUAAAGAGAUCUCUGAACUCAAAGUACAUUGUGUGACCCUGGGAUGCAGUUGGUCUGGGAUCAUGAAAAAUUUUGAAGAGCAUCAGAGCCUAUGCGAAUAUGCUUUAAUCCCUUGUCACACUGGCUGUGGACACAUGGUGAUGAGGAAGAAACUUGCAGAUCAUUUGGAAAAUGGAUGUGUUAAUAACGUGACAACGUGUCAAAAGUGUAAGCGGAGUUUAUCCAGUAGUGAAUACCAAAAACAUUCAUGUGAAGGCAAUUUAUAUAAGGAAGAAAAAAGCGUGCAAACAGAAACAUCAUCAAAGGAAAAGAACCGCUCUACACCCUUAAUCAACAAGGAUGGAUGUUGGUUUUCUGAAGUUGGCUGUUCUUUUAGGGGAAGCAAAGAGAAGGUAAAGGAGCAUGAAAAAAUUGCAGUUGGGGCCCACAUGCUGCUUCUGCUGCAGCACAUAAAGCAACUGAAGGCAAGCUUGUGCUCUCCUGCCAAAGCUGCAAACGGCUUCGUCCCACAGCCAGAGCUGAAUACGAAUGGGGCACAAAAAAGCGUCUCUGAUCUGCAGAUCCCAGCGGAUCUGGAAGUCAGUGGGGAUCUGGAAGUAGACUGUUUUCCUGGAUCUUCUGUUUCUGAAGAUGAAUCACUUCUGCAACAACUUAUGAGGGAGAAGGUGAUUUCUGAGCUAGAAAAUAAGCUGCAUGUGUUUGAGAAUAUUGUGGCAGUGCUCAAUAAAGAGGUGGAGACCUCUAACUUGGAAAUCACAGCCUUUCGGAGACAGAGUGAACUCGAUCAAAAUAUAAUACGAGGCCUUGAACUGAAGAUUGCAGAGUUGCACCGGUGCCUGACACAGAAGGAUGCAGGCCUGAGCAGCCUGCAUAAGAGUCUCCUGUUCUCUGAGCAAGCUUCCUAUGACGGGAUCUUUCUGUGGAAAAUAACGGAUGUUGGCAGGAAGUUGCAAGACUCGGUGACUGGAAGAACAAUCAGUUUGUAUUCACCAGCUUUCUACACUGCAAAGUACGGCUACAAAGUCUGCCUGAGGAUUUAUCUGAAUGGAGAUGGGACAGGAAAGGGGACCCAUGUGUCUCUGUUCUUCGUUGUCAUGAAAGGGGACUAUGAUGCUCUGCUUCCUUGGCCGUUCAGACACAAGGUUACAUUUAUGUUGCUUGAUCAAAACAACAGAGAACACGUUAUUGAUGCAUUUCGCCCAGACUUGACAUCUGCUUCAUUUCAGAGACCGGUGAACGAUAUGAAUGUUGCAAGCGGUUGUCCUAUGUUCCUCCCUUUGUCCAAAUUGCAGUCACCUAAAUAUGCCUAUGUGAAGGAAGACACGCUUUUCCUUAAAUGCAUUAUAGAAACAAAUUAGUAAAUCUUGAAAUAUGGGUAUCUGGUACAUCAUCCGCUGAAUUUCGUUAGUUUACAAAAUAAGAACCGUCAGCUUGAGACUUUGUGUUAGAUUUCGUGCACAGGCAAAACCCCGAGGGCCUGAGCCUGCGCUCCGCUGAAGAUCUGCCUGCUAGAGCUAGCUGCUGCCGAGGACGUUGCCCAGUGCCACUGGAAGGGUGCCAUUGCAAGUGAAAACUGUGAUUAUUUCAUAAAAACAGCUGAUACUGCUCUUUUAGGUAUAGGUUGCAGUCCUUCCCUCUGCAGAGGCACAGGUGGGGGGGCAGAGCUGCUCUGUCUCCCGCCUUGCCCCGCGUGUGCGUGUGUCAUCCCGUCUGGGGGCUGGCGGAGGGCUCUGCCCCAGCUCCCUCCAGGGCCCCUGGGACGGACCCCUCCUGGGACCCCCUUUCCCGGAGGGGCAGGGCGCCUGUGGGGUUGCACCGGCUGCCAGCCCCGACGUGGGAUUUUGGCUGUUCCCCCGCCAGCGACGAGGGCAGAGCCCUUUCCCCAAGGAAACCUGAUUUGUCUCCAUUUGUGCUUCCUGACGACCUUCAAAGCAGGGAGUUGUGGAUAGCGUUUGUAGCUUGAAUUCUGUAUACUGGAUGAUUUAUUUCUUGCUAUUUAUUUUAGACCUAAAUUUUUGUGCUCUGCGUGGAGAGAUUCUCUUGCAUCAGCAAUGUGACCAGAGUCCGUUGUGCCUUGGGGAAAUUACCGUGUCCUUCUAAAAGGAGUAGUUUGACUCUUGUGUUUCAGACAUGGAGCCCUGAGGGUUAACCCAGGGAAUCCAGAGCUGCUGGUUCAAGCGGUGGUGAGGACCGGGCGGUAGCUUCGUUUUAAAGUGUUCAGUCACUUCCUGAAACUUCAGGGCAAGUGACUUAUUAAAAAGUAUUUAUUUGAUCUUUUUCUUGCUUUAUUCUUUUUAUUACUCGGAUGUUUAAGUCUUUUCACAUGCUGGAAUGGAAGUAACUACCAGAUAUGGGUUCCCCCCCCCUUUUUUUUUUAAAAC